GAGUCAACACAUGAACGAGUGUAGGUUGCGGCGUUGUUGUGGGAGCAGUAAAUUGAAGGACAAAAUGGUCUUUCCACGAUAACUGCAACAACAAACAGAAAGAAAAUCGGUGAUAUACCGAACACACCCGCGUCUUUGGAAUACAAUACAACCUUUACCUUCUGCUUCUUCUUCACCUAGAGUAUGAUAAACCAGCCUUCACAGUUAUCGUUAGUUUCAACAUCAAGUAUAGGCUCUCUUUUUCUCUCCAAACAAGUUCAAUGUCAUGGAUGAUAGACCUGCAAAAUUAAAAAUCAUUCCAGAUCACUUUCAAAUUCCAACGUCAAGUAUAGAAUCUCCUGAGAGCGGAAAAUCGUCUACUACCGAAGAAUCUGGAACUGAUCAAUCUGUAAGGCCCUCUCUCCGACUGUGGACUCCAAGAAAAUUUAGGACAACUUUCAUGUUGAACUUGUUUACUCUACGAAGACUGUCAUGGGGGUCCGAUACUGGAGGUCAGGAAAAGGUUGAGCUAACAGCUGCAGAAGUAGAAUCACUUCGAUCAGAGCUUGCUGAUUUAGAGGAAAGGGAAGCUCACUUGAAAGCUCAGUUGCAACAUAUUGAUGAAGUUCUGCGGUCUGCUCGUCUAUCAGGCUAUUUACACAUUAGAACUAGAUGGUCAGCACUUCCGGGAGAGCCCGCACCUAUAGAUGAUACUGAAGUAGAUGAUCGGCUUCCACGCUUUGUCGUUCUCCAUGGAGCAUGUUUAUUCUUAUAUUUGUUGUGUACAGAUAUAAGUCCUCAGGACUCAACCCUUCUAUCUGAUAUACUUGAAGUAGGGAGAUUGCCAAGUUUUAAGCACGAUGAUGAUACUCAACAUGCCUUUUAUAUUUUAACCUGUCAUGGAUAUCGCUACGAGUGCUCAAGCAAUUCUAUGAUUCAGGAUACAUUGUUUGAGUAAUGCAGCACUUGAAAAAUUCAAUAAUAGUAAAAACGAUGCAAAACGGGUGAUCUGGAACGAUUGUUAAUCUUCAAGUGGCUAUGAUGAUGAACUCUACUACGGCGGUCCUUCAUACUUGUAUUUGGUGGUGAGGAAUGUAAAGACUCUGACAAUAAAGUCAACGAUCGUAAGUGUCGGGUUUAGAAUUUAGAAUAUCAUAUAUAUUUUGAGUCUAACUUCUUCGUUUGGCUUUAUAGGUAGGAUUUAAGGUUGAAGGACACUAGAACCUUUUGGGGGACAGUUGGAUCAUUAGAUUCCAUGAUUCUCCCUGUCUACCAGAUUGUGAGGGGCCACCGCUAGGAUCCUGUGUUUCUAGGACGCGUUGGUUCUUUCAGAAAUAUCAAUCACAAUUUCAAAUAAAUAAAAAGAGUUAUUGGAUUUGUAGUUUCAAAUAGGUGGUAUUGUUACCUCUAUGAUCUUUUUGAUUCUUUUGGAAAUAUCAAUGGCAAUAUAUAUAUAUUAGGUUUCUGUUCAGGACUCUAUAAAAAUCAGACAAAUUCUCCA